AUGGCUUUGAGACAAGUUGUAAUAGACAGUCAGGGGCUUUGUGAUGAUGAGGUAAUGAAAUGUAUUAGUGAAUACUUCUAUGUUGAUGAUUGCUGGAAAUCUGUGCCAACGUCAAAAGGAGCUAUUAAUAUGAUCAUUAGAAGAUCGCAUACAUCAAAUGGACACAUUAGGUCUAGAUAUACAGAGAGGGUUCCACGUGAUGGAAUUUGGAGGAGCCUCAGACUGAAAGGAGAGCCAGAGUAUAUUGUUAUGAGCAUCAAGGACAUGUACCAACAUUCCACCACUAUGGUAAGGUCUACAGCUGGAGAAACAGACCCCUUUGAAGUCAGAGUUGGCCUCCACCAGGGAGAGGAACUGAACCAGAUAUUAGAGGGUUGGAGAGAGAACUUAGAGGAUAGAGGACGCAGGAUCAGCAGACUGAAGACGGAAUGCAUGAAAUGCCACUUCGGAGAGGAGGAUGAGCAGGAGGUGGAUUUGGAAAUAGACCUAGAGGUACUCAGAGAGACUGAUAUCUUCACAUACCUAGGGUCUAUGGGAGCAGAGACCUGGGCAACCACCAAGAGAGAAGAGGAGCGCCUGGGUGUGAAGGAAAUGAGAAUGCUGCGAUGGACUCGCGGGGUGACAAUAAGGGACAGAGUGUCUAACCGCCACAUUAGAGGAUCUCUACACGUCACUGAGGUGGCCAGGAAGAUAAAGAGAGGAGACUAG